UCGUGGGAAAUAAAUCAUGGAGGAGUUGGACUUGGAUGAUGAGGAGGAUGGUCUCCGGGUUGGGGACCAUUCUAUGAAAGAGGUGGUGAAGAUCAUGUCUGAGAUGCCUUCGGAUUCGGACUGGACUGAGAUGGGGGAAUCCGGAACGGUGGGAAUGUACAGGAAAGCUGUUGCGGUUUGGGGUCAGAUGGGCAUUGCAAUUGCUGGGAUGGUUGCCUUGAGCUCAAACCAACUGAGGGAGGAGAAGGCGGCUUCGGACGACAAGGAUGUCCGGAUCACAACUUUGGACACGAAUCUGAAAUUGGCCAAGUCCUCAGUUGACGAUUUGGGAGAGAAGUUGAAGGCAGCUGAGACUCGGGUUUCCGAGUUUGAGACCGAGAUCGAGAGUCUGAAGCGGCAGCUUGCUGAGAGGAAGGAGCCUACCGUGGUGAUUUCUGAGUUCAAGGAGUCUGAGGAGUAUGACCGUGCCUUGGCCGAUGCUGGGGCGGCUGAGAUUUUACGUUGUUGGACUGUUGCUGAGAGGCAUAUCAAGUCUGACCCAGAGGCAUGCUUCGAUAGCUUUUGUGGCUUAUAUGUCAAGGCUAAGGAGGACCUCGAAAAGGGUCUUGGGGAGCCGGAACCAUUUGAUGGGCCUGCUCCUAGCUUUCUUCCCAAGGAGUUGGACCAAGAUGUCGGUCUGGAUCAUCUUGUCGUUCAGGAUUAG